UGGGCUGCUAUUGUUGUUCUACUGACUGACUGACUGAAAUGGUGGUGUUCCUUUCAUCUCUUACAGUUCCCUUCACACCCCCUUUCAACAAACGCUCUCACCACCCAAUUUCAGUUUCAGUUUCCUCAUCUUCGUCUCCAUCAACAAAUCAAGAAAACCCCAAUUUUGUUGCUCACCAAAAUGUGACUCUUCGAGACAUCUGCCAAGCUCACGUGCCUCAUCAUAUCUUGCGCAGGGUCGAAGAAGUUGGAUACCUUACACCUACCGAGAUUCAAAGACAAGCUCUACCCGUCCUAUUCUCUCGCCGUGACUGUAUUCUUCAUGCCCAGACAGGUUCAGGGAAAACCUUGGCAUACUUGUUAUUGAUAUAUUCGGUAGUAAACACGCAAAGAUCAUCCGUACAAGCGUUGAUUGUAGUACCAACUCGGGAGCUCGGCAUGCAAGUUGCAAAAGUUGCGCGCAUGCUAGCCGCAAAGGCUGAUCAACCCGAACUUGAAAAUAAAGCGUGCACUAUUAUGGCUCUUUUAGAUGGAGGAACUUUAAAACGACAGAAGAGUUGGUUAAAGGCAGAGCCCCCUACGAUAAUUGUUGGAACACUGGGAAGCUUGUGUCAAAUGCUUGAGAAACAGAUGAUCAAACUAGAAUCAAUGCGCGUGCUAGUAAUUGAUGAGGUUGAUUUCAUGUUUAAUUCCUCAAGUCAAGUUAGCUCUCUUCGAAAGCUAUUAAUAUCUUACUCGUCGAUCAACAAUCGUCAAACAAUAUUUGCUAGUGCAUCAAUUCCUCAACACAGGCGCUUUUUAUACGACUGUAUACAGCAGAAGUGGACUAAGGCUGAUGUUGUUCAUAUCCAUGCAAAUCCUGUUCAGCCGAUGCCUGCACGUCUCCAGCACAGAUUUUUGUCCGAGAAGUCGAAGAAGGCUGGAAACGCUCCUGCGACUAGUGUUGUAAUUGAUGUGCUCAAGAAUUCACAUAAAGGGAGUCAUGAAAUUCUGCUUCUAGAAGAAAAGUUAAAUUUCAACUCUAGAGCAGCUUCUUUCUCUGAACUGAGACAAGGUGGAUCAUAUCUUCUGGUAGCAACUGAUAUAGCGGGCAGAGGUGUUGACCUGCCGGAUACAACUCACAUAUACAACUUUGACUUACCGAAAGAUGCAGUACACUAUCUACAUCGGGCUGGAAGAACAGGUAGAAAACCAUUUUCAGAAAAUAAAUGUGUAGUUACAAGCAUCAUAACAUCAGAGGAACGGUUUGUUCUACAAAGAUAUGAAAACGAGUUGAUGUUCGUCUGUGACGAGCUGUUUUUAUAAGUGUUACUCAUUUUCCAUGCUAAUUUCUCCGUUUUGUUUAUUAUUUAUUUAUUUUCUUGGGGUGCAAGUAAUCUAGCGUAUCCGCAUGGUGUAAAGUGGAUCCGAGUUAAAUUGUCCGAUGUUUUGUUUUUAAA